AAGAACUUCAUAUCCAUAAGUAGUAUUUGUUUUGUUAUUCUUUUGAAUAAUUUGGCUUGUAUACAACAACUAGCUCUAACUGUCCAUUAUAUUAGAGUUUGGUACUGUCUUGAAUAAUAAUAAUAGCAUAUAUAUUUCUUCCAUUCCACACAGACAAACUGCUUCUCUGUUUAUGAGGCUUCUUUGGUAAUACUUGCCAUAUUACAAGAGAACUGUUAAGCUUGUUUGGUUAAUUUCUUCAUGUGGUAGCUUGAGAGUAAUUGUGAUUCUUGGCUUGGUUUGAUUGAGAACUAAAUAUCCAUUGAUUUCACAGAAUACUUACUACCAAAAUAUAGCAAAAACUUACUAGAACCUCUCCCUAUAAGAAGUAACACUAAAAAGUUCUCACUUAUGACAUCCCAACCCUAUUUUUGGUAUUGUUAACUUGAAAUUGCUUACAAAAGUUCUGCAAUUCUUUUGGACUAAAUAACUCUGUACUGUUAAAAUAAUUAACAAAAAUAAAAAUAUUAUUUUAUCGCCAUUUUUAAGAAGCUCAGGGAGAGUGGAAAAAUAACCACCAAGCUUGUCUGCCUCUCUGUAUUAGUGAGAGAAAAAAUUUACAGAAUGAUGUUAACUAUAUUCUAAAAUCUUAGCACACCAAAGUACAAAGUCAGGGAUGGAAAAGUUUCUGUGUGUAGCCUUUGAAAUGUAUCUAUAAGUAGAAGGCAUUCCCAAGUCAUAUGCUGAAGAGAGGUGAAAUGGUUUAGAGGCGGAGUUCCCAGUUACCACUCUACCUAUUUCAGGCAGAUUCUGUCACCAUCAGCCCUUAUAGGUCCCAUAACUUACUUGAUUUUGGUGACUUCUUUAUCAAUCAGUAAUUAACACCUGAAGAGGAAAACGUUUUCUUUAGAGGAAAUAACAAAUUUAUCUUCAAUACCUUUGAAACCUAAAUGGUUGCUUAGGUAACAGCUGUUGCAUUUUAUUAUCACUGGCAAGUGGGAAAGGUGGCUUCCUCAACUUGUGUUUGUCUUCUAAAGGAAAAACCAAAGCAAUAUAUAGCAACUGAUGCUUAUCCAGAAAAGAUAACUCAUGUGAACAGAAGCAAAGAGAUGUGGACAUCUAAAUAAACCCAGACACUUUGUUCUUCAGAACUUUUAAACAUAGACAUUUUCUCUCAUUGUGAGGGAGUGAGCUGUGCUCAGUUGUGUGUGUAGUCAGGAUGUUGCUGAAGUAAACUAGCUUCGUCUGCCCUGUGCCCCUUCUCCUCUGGUUUGGUGUCAUGCUUGUCUCCUUUCUAAGACCAGGUUAACCAUACUUGGUCUCUUCUGUCCUCUUUAACAUAUUCAUCUGCUUUACUGCGCCUGUGUACGAUUUGAGGUUCUAAAUCCUUGAAUUGGGGAGUGACAACUUACAGAUACCCACAGAGACCAUGUAUCUAUCCUACCUGAUCUUGCAGAGUGCCCAACACUGAAUGAGUCCUCUGUCUAAGAGUACCACUAACCAUCUCCUUGGGGGUGAUUAUCUGCUGUUUAAAAAGAAUGUACAGGUUGGAUCUCUAAAUCUAGCAACCACAUCAGAGAUCUUAGAUGAUGAUUCACUGGAAGAGAAUGGGUUGGGAGUAUUCAGGUAAAGAGAAGAAGCAUUUUUUUUUUUUUCAUUUGAUCUUACUGCACAUUAAUUUUGAGUAAAUUCAGUAGUACAAAUCAGAUCAACCAACGGAUAUUCACAUUUUGAGUGCCCCAUACUUCCUGAGUUCCUAAGAGUGUGCUGAAGGGUGGAGUGCUUAUCUUCAAAUAAUAGUGCUUCUGCACCACACAGCUUUCUUUCUGACAGAACACUUGAGGCUGCCGUUGUUGGGACACAUUGAGGGGAGGAGACCCAGCUAUUUUUACAAGAAUCUUUGGGUACAGAAAUUGGGGGAGGGAAGAUGUGAAAAAUAAUGCCUCUUAUGGGUGGGGAGGGAAUGGAUGUGAGAAGAUAGACUACCUAAAAGCAGCCAUGAUUGGCGAGCACCUGCUGUGUGCCUAGACUAUGCUAGGUGCUCUACAGCUCGUUAUCUCAUUUAAUCUUAUGAGGCAGGUUGUGGUAUCCAUAUUUUUAUAGAAAGGGAAACUGGCUUGGAAAGGUCAAUACUUCCUAAAAAAGAAAAAUGAAAAAAAGAGGGAAUUUAAGUCUAAUUCUUUCUACUUUGUAACUAAUUCCUCUUAAGACUAACAUGUUCCUUCCUCUCUCCAGUUCCAAAAUAUCUCCCCUUCCACAGUCCUGAAUUUUUUCACUUCUCUUUUGUAUACCCUUGAACUGGAGGCAUUUACAGCUGUGAGAACAUAGACCUUCUGAAAUGCAGACAUCCUAGGGAAGAGAAAUGUGCCUUACUAUGUGAGUUGACUUUUGCCUUGCUUUGCUCAACUCCUAGCUGAGAAUACCUGGACUUAAGAUAAUCGGGGCUAUGCAUGGGAAGGAAAGAGAGAAGAGGUACUAUUUAAGCUUGGACCUCUACAGGGUUGGGACUGGGAGCCCCAUCCUGAGGGCUCAAGGAAGCACAGACUCCUGAGGAGAUGGCCACUAGAAGGAGGGCAAGACUUCACCAAAGGCUAACUUUCCCCCUUCCGUUUUUGUUAAAGUUUUUCAUCACGGAAAGGGAGGAAGUGCUCCAGGAAGGUCUAGAGCUUGGUUUAGUUCCUCUUUCAGUAGAAUUGGGAUCCACAGUUAAAUGAUGAAUCAGUUAAGGGUGGACAUAAUUUUUUCAGAAGUAUACAUGCUCACCAUAAACAUUUUAUUAACUUUAGAAAUAGCAAUGUUUAGGAUCUGUCAAUGUUUUAUGUAGUGUCAAGGAAUUUUCUUUUGAAUAUGGGUCCUUUGAUUUGGGCCAUUUGUUAUCUUUCCUGCAUAAGCCAUAAUCAUCAAUGUCCAGUCUUUAUUUUUUUAAAGUGAUGCCAGAGCAUCAAAACUGCCAAGAAGCCCAAUAGUGAAUCCUUCCACAUUUUAAGUCACAUUUUCCUCUUAAGAAUAUUAAAGCUGUCUCAACCACAUCUAAUUUUGCAGCAAUCUUUUGGUAAAGCUGUUUACCUUCAUCAAGUCGUUCUAAAGCAUUCAAUUUAGUUUUGUAGAAAUAACAGUGCACUUUCUUUCCAGACUCCAGUUUCAUUGAUUACUCAAUAUUUAAUUAAAUUAUGUAAUAAUGGAAACAAGCAGUUUUGGCGACAGAUACGAUGGGCCUUGGUAAGCAUUGCACAUUGACUAAUGGGAGCAGAGCUGCCAAGCUCAGUUUGGCCGAUACUAAUGACAACAAGUGGUUGCUUAAUCAUCCACACAUGCAUCAGUAUGUCUGAAUGAGGGGUAACUAAUACAGUGUGAGAAUCAAGUAGAAUUGUUCAAGAGAAGUUUAACUAUAGUCAGAUGCUACAACUGCUCCUUAAUGACUUGAAGGAGUUAUUACGAAAUCCCAACAACUUGUGUGAUUUGAUUUUUACUAUGAGUUGUGCCUAGAUUGUAAACAUUCACUGUACUAAUCAAAACAGCAGACCACGAAGCUGUUUUCUUCCUUGGGGAGUGGUCUAAUCACAGACACACACACAUACACACACACAUGCACACACACGCACACAUCAGUAUGAUCAGAGAAGGCGGGAAAUGGAUUUAUCACCCCAGGGACUUGAUGUUGCUCUUGUUAAAGGGACAAGGUCUUAAGAUGUGAGCUUGCUCAAGUGUUGCCAGAGAUCUUCUGCCAAGCUCUUCCUGUUAUGUAAAAGCAAAAAGGAGUAUGUGAAGGUUCUGACGUUAUUCUGUAUAUGAUUAGUUCAUGAUAGUAUAGUGAUUUGUUAAUCUGGUUCAUUACUUUAAAAAGCUCAAUCAUAGUCAUUAACUUCUGUAUUUUUACUUUUUAGGUAGGCAGAAAUAAUUCAGACAAGUUAUUAGUUGCUAAACAAUUUGGUGUUGAAUGAAAAGCAAAAAGCUGGGGAAAAAACGACUUAGAGUAUUAGGGUCUAACAGCCUGAAAGUCGAUGCCAAACUUGAUUUGUUUUUCUGCCCAUGAAAUUAAGUUAGAUGAAUUAAAACAAAAGGCAAACACAGUUAUUAAAAAAAAAAACUUGUUUUUACUAUUACAUAUUUAUUUCAUAUAACCUUGGAUUUAUUUUGAUUUCCAUUUCUUGGUGCCUGGCACCAGAAUUUGUGCAGACCUAUUUCAAAACCACACAUUGAAAAAACUAACACUAUUGAGAAUUAUGGGCAAUUGAAUGGCAAAUGGAGUUUCCAACUGGGUGCUCCAACUGGGACUCUUGAACAAGGCUUGACAAAUUCUGCCUUGCCAGGUGUCAAAAAAUAUGGUUCAGAAUGCAUCAGUAGUGUCAAAGGAAAAUCAUUUAUGCCAUUCCCUGGAUUACCACUUCUGACUCUUAUCUUUCCUGAAGUAGGAAUUCACAUAGCUUGUGAUGGAGUCUUUAUUUUAGGUUACAUGAGACAAAUGGUAAAACUCUUCAGGUAUCAGCACUGAAUCUUUAGGUUCAAUUCAUUUGCUAGAUUUGGCCUGUAACAUUUGGCUCUGGGAUUCCUGGUGGCCAAAGGAAAACAGGAAACAUCACAAGAGUUGUAUUACCUGUAAGAUAGGAACAGCUUAGUUUUUAAAAAAAGAAAACUUCUCUUAAAACUCAAGGCAGAAAGAUGUCAGAAUAGGGUACAAGUAAUUUCUCCCUUCAGCCUAGGGAAUUGGCUUAUAUCGUAGUUUUUUCCACUCCUUUUGUGGUAUCUAUAUGUAGAUAGGAUAUAUGAUUCAUGUGGCAAAGGUCAGGAGUCUGAACAUUUGGGUAAUGAGUACCUUGUGCUCGGAAGAUAAACUGAGCACAGUGUCCCUAGGACAGGUAUGAUCAAAGAAUCCCCUUGGUUGGGGUUUGGACCAUUGUCAGCUCAUCUGCAAAAUCUUUUAAGCUGUCCUGCUCAGUCAAAGCUGCUGUCACCUGAAUCUUGGUUAUUCAUACUAUUAAUAAUGUAGAAAUUUUGCCAAGACAAUCUUUCGUAUUUUUGUGGGACAGGUUUCAGAAAUGGUCCACAAUCAGUGCCUGUAAUCAGCCCUGGCAAUCAGUGGGUGACAGAUCAGUGCCUUUAUGAAAUGGAGUUACUAGGAACAGUGUGUCAUUGAUUGCCUGACAUGCCUCCUUAUCUGCCAUCGUGGAGUUCCUUAUGUAUUUCCUUCCUGUCUUGUAUGCCUCUGGAGCCAGUAAGGAAAUAAGGAGAGGUAAGAAGAUACAGAGUAAAGCUUACUAUUAAGUAACAGGCAGUGAUUUGGGCUUCUUUGGUUUUUAUCAUCAGUAUAAUGUGAGUUAUUCUUGUAUGUCAAAAUGGGAUCUUUUUGCCUUUCUUUUCCUUUCUCCUAUUGACCCAGUUUCUUUAGUGUGAGAAAUUGGACAUAUUUUUCUUUCUUUCUUUGAGGAAAGGGCUAGUGGAUAGAAGCCCAUAGAGAGUGUUAAGUGGGUGAUAUUUGGGUGCCCUUUCAGGAUUAUGUUCUAUUUUGUUCAAGGAAUGCUGUAUGCAUGGGUAGGUUAUUAAUAAGGUGGUACUCCCGGUAAAUGUUGGUGAGACUUGAUGGGAAGAGCUGCUUUCUGUGAAUAGUGGCUCUUCUGCUCAGCAGUUGUGUGAAGUCAGUUUACUUACUCUUUGAUUUUGUCCCACAACCCAACAUAAAUUUUUUGGUUCAUUUAAAAAAAAUUUUCUGGGUGCUUUGUUUGUAUUGUUUUUUAACCAAAUUGAGUUCAUACCAUAUUAAAUGUCAGCUUAAAGACAAUUUAUUAUGGCAGUUUUAAAAAACACAGAAUGUAGAGUGAAUAGUAGAAUGAACUCCAUAUCCCUGACACCCAGGAUUAACAGUAAACUUUCUGGAUUCUUGUUCUCUCUCUCCCUUUCCCCUGCUCAGUUCUGGGGAAAUAGGGGCAGUAUUUUAAGACAAGUCCCAGACCUCAUACCAUUUCACUCCCAUACUUUGUUCUCAUGUUCGUUUUUCAAUUAUUUACCUUUCGUCUGUUGACUUUUCUUUCUCUUGUUUCUGAAAUAACACUUGGACUGUGCCCUGGUGAUGUUAAAGAUACACUUUCUGGUAGUGUUGUGCUUUGCGUGGCGCUUCUUGCACUGGUCUUCAUGGAUCCUGAGGAAGAUAGCUCUGCUGGUAUGCAGUUCAUGGCUCAAUAGAACCCAGCCACCAGUAGAACCCAGAGAAGGAAGAAUCCUGCUCAAAAAUGAGGUGAAUUAAUGCUCAGGUGCUCGGGAACCCUGGACAGCUACAUGAGGUGUUUAAAAACUGCCCUGACCAUCUUGCCAAACAAGUCUCUGCUCAUGAAGCCCCACAGGAUGAACGAGCCAAGGCAGGACAGUGUCCUGCCCUAUUGGAACAGUGACUGCUGACCUGCCAAGAGUGAGCUGGGGUCUGCCUGCUGUCUGUCAGUACAAUGACGGAAGUGGUUUAUUGGUCACCCAAGAAGGUGGCAGACUGGCUGCUGGAGAAUGCUAUGCCAGAAUACUGUGAGCCUCUGGAGCAUUUCACAGGCCAGGACUUGAUCAACCUAACCCAAGAGGAUUUCAAAAAGCCCCCCUUGUGCCGAGUCUCCUCUGACAACGGGCAGCGGCUCUUGGACAUGAUAGAAACUCUGAAAAUGGAGCACCAUUUGGAAGCACACAAGAACGGCCACGCCAAUGGGCACCUCAACAUUGGUGUAGACAUCCCCACCCCCGAUGGCAGCUUCAGCAUCAAGAUUAAACCCAAUGGGAUGCCAAAUGGGUAUAGGAAAGAGAUGAUAAAAAUCCCCAUGCCAGAACUGGAGCGCUCCCAGUACCCCAUGGAGUGGGGCAAGACUUUUCUGGCCUUUCUUUACGCACUUUCCUGUUUUGUUCUCACCACAGUGAUGAUCUCGGUCGUCCAUGAACGAGUACCUCCUAAGGAGGUGCAGCCUCCACUACCGGACACGUUUUUUGACCAUUUUAACCGGGUGCAGUGGGCCUUUUCUAUUUGUGAAAUUAAUGGCAUGAUCCUUGUAGGACUCUGGUUAAUUCAAUGGCUGCUCUUAAAAUACAAGUCUAUUAUUAGCAGAAGAUUUUUCUGCAUAGUUGGCACGCUGUACCUGUAUCGGUGUAUUACAAUGUAUGUAACUACACUCCCAGUACCCGGCAUGCAUUUCAACUGUUCUCCGAAGCUUUUUGGAGACUGGGAAGCCCAGCUGCGGAGAAUAAUGAAACUCAUUGCUGGAGGUGGCUUGUCUAUCACUGGCUCUCACAACAUGUGUGGGGACUAUCUGUACAGCGGGCACACGGUCAUGCUAACACUCACCUACUUAUUUAUCAAAGAGUAUUCCCCUCGACGUCUCUGGUGGUAUCACUGGAUUUGCUGGCUUCUCAGCGUAGUUGGAAUCUUCUGUAUUCUCUUAGCGCAUGACCACUACACUGUGGACGUGGUGGUGGCAUAUUACAUCACCACAAGACUCUUCUGGUGGUAUCACACUAUGGCCAAUCAGCAAGUGCUAAAGGAAGCUUCCCAGAUGAACCUCCUGGCCAGGGUGUGGUGGUACAGGCCAUUUCAGUACUUUGAAAAGAAUGUCCAAGGAAUUGUACCUCGAUCUUACCAUUGGCCUUUUCCCUGGCCAGUAGUCCACCUCAGUAGGCAAGUUAAAUACAGCCGGUUGGUGAAUGACACAUAACAGCUGUACAAAGUGGGGAAAAGACAAAUUGUCCGAAGUGCUAAGAACUCCAUGAGAGAAGAUGCCAUAAAAUAAACACCUCCCUAAUCCUAUUAUCUUUCAAUGGUUACCUAGACUUAACCUAUUGAGUUACCUGGUCAGCACUGUGAUCUUUUUUUCUCUCCAAAGGACCUGCGUUGGACAACAAUAAAGAAAAAUUUAACCUAUCAUGCACUGUACACAUUUCCUGUUCAUAAGUUUGGGAUUUACAUAACCCGCAACCACCAAUUUCCUUUGUAUAUGAUGCAACAGCAUAAAUGUAAGCUUUUAUAUCAUAAGUUCUGGUCUUUCCAGUCACAUCUGGAAAUAAAGCAUAUUAUUUUCUUGGGAAAACAUACUUUUCAUAUCUCUUGCCCCAAAGAUUGGGCUGUAAGCCAUUUUCUAGCAUAUGUCUCUAUGAAGGUUUCUAAGUACCUGAAUGGGGUUUGAUUCUGAAAUCUUUCUAUCUGUUGCACCGAUAUUCAAAUAAAAAUGAUAGACACAGAAAGGUUUGGUAACUUUGGGUUUUGUAAAAUCACAAAGACAGUGUUUCAAAAAGUGCAAAAAAAAAAAAAAAAGAUUCUGUUAUAAAGUGAUUUUCUAAGUAUUUCCUAACUUUAUUUUUCAAAAUGAUGUUAUGAAAACCAAAUUUAAAGAUUUUUAACAUGUCAGAGAGAAGAGAGUUAAAAUUUAAAAAUGCAUCUUGGGAGAGAAAUUUGUCUAUGUUUCUAGUGCCUUUCUUGUCUUGAUUGUAUGGUCAGUAGGCAAUCUUAAAUGUUUUUAUUUAAAAUAAAGUAUUCCAUGAAAAUAUAAAUGUAUGUAUACACUACUAAAUUUUGCAUUUAUAGCUAAAUUAAAUCAGAUGACUGCUUAUGGUUUUAAAAUUGAAAUGACUUAAAUAAUGAGGUUGUUAAUUAGAAUCAGAGCCUGUUCACAUAUUGUGAUCAGGUAGAAUGACAUGUACCAUUUAAAUUAUUUUACCGUCUAUUUGGUAGUUUGAUUUUAACUACUCAAUGAAAACAGCCAUGAAUAUCUUUUCUUUAAAGAGAGUUUUGAAAAUGAUCACUUACCUAAAACUUGAAAGCUAUGAAUUAAUUAUCCAUACUCUCAUGACAGUUUUGUUGGUGAACAACAAAUAAAGAGACCUAUUUCUUUAAAAGAUAUUUGUGCAGAAACUGCAUGUAACUCUAAGUUUUACUCCUAACAUACAUAUGUUUGGGGAAGUAUUCUAUUCUAUACUUGCCAAUGUGGAGAACAAAAUAGUUUUUUAAGAAUGAAGAAGUAUAUAUAUAUCCAUUCUGUAUUUUACGUGCAGCAGAAUUAUCUUCCGUAGGAUUUUUUUGUGUAUUCACAAGGUGAUAUUUGUAUUGUAAAACAAUAAUGGUGAAGGAAAUAAAAAGGCUUUUAAAUUUUUGUUUGUUUUAAAUCUUUGUAAAGUUAUUAUUCCAGAGAGCAUACUGGUAUCUUACAGCUUACCUAGACCAUAAAUUAAUCAAAAUGCACUUUUUAAUAAAAACUGAUACUUAAAAUAAA